UGCUAUCUUAUUCAGUGUGUGGCAUAUCCUAUGACAGAAAAAAAUAAGAUGCUGAUUCGCUGGUUUUGUGUUCUGUCUGUCAUAGUUGGUGUACUUGAUGCAACUCCUAUGGUUCAAGUGACAGAUAAAGGCAAUGGAGUAUUCAAGGGUCACUUCAUAUUCAACCUAACUGAAGAUUUAGUCGGAUGGAAAAUGCAGAUAGACUUUUCCAAAGCAGUCACAGGACUCACGUCUCCAGUCGGCCUGGAAUUUGUAAAAGAUUCGAACAACGAAACAGUUCAUUAUAUUGUCAACAAAGAUCACACUGGCAUUCAGACGACUAAACACCAGUUUGAUAUUAUGGUAGAAGGAAAAACAAAGGACGGAAGUGUUCCAUCUGCGCAGGCGAUUUUGCAAAACAUGGGGCACGACACUUACAAUGUACCAACACCACCAAAUAAUGAUGGAACAAAAUACAAUUACGAUGAAGUUUUAAUGAAAUCUAUUAUGUUCUAUCGCGCUCAACGGUCGGGCAAACUUCCUGCUAAUAAUAACAUACCGUGGAGGAAAGACUCGGCACUCAAUGACCGGGGACAAAACGGAGAGGAUUUAACAGGCGGAUGGUAUGAUGCUGGUGAUCAUGUAAAAUUUGGAUUUCCACAAGCCAGUGCUGUUACUUUAAUAACAUGGAGUCUCCUACAAUACAAAGACGCAUACAAAGCCAGUGGACAAUUGGAUGACAUGUAUGACUGUAUUCGUUGGCCUCUAGAAUGGUUACUCAAAUGUCAUACAGGACAAAAUGAACUUUAUUUUCAGGUAGGAGAUGGAAAUCUAGAUCACAAUUUCUGGGGAAGACCAGAGGACAUGACAAUGGCGAGACCAUCAUUUAAAGUGACAUCUGAUAAACCAGGAAGUGACAUAGCUGGGGAGUACGCAGCCGCAAUGGCUGUUGCAUCAAUGGUGUUUAAAGAUAAAGAUCCUGCAUUUUCUGCCAAACUUUUGAAUCAUUCAAAGCAGAUCUAUACAUUUGGAAAGACUUAUCCAGGAAUAUACAGUCAAAGUGUUAAGGAAGCCGGCCCCUUCUACGGAUCAGAUGAAUAUCAAGAUGAAAUGGCAGUUGGGGCAGCCAUGUUAUACUUAGCAACAAAUAACACCCAGUACUUGACAGAUGCUGAAUCUUAUCAUCAACACGGAAAUCAAUGGGGACAAUCGUGGGGAAGCAAGUUUACUGCAUCUAUGAUUUUGCUAUAUCAGAUAACAAAGAAAGAUGUUUACAAACAAGACAUCGAAACUACAUUCACUAAUUGGUUACCUGGGGCGACAGGCCCGAAUGCAGUUCCCUAUACACCAAAAGGCCUGGCAUUCCGAACUAAAUGGGGUUCUCUCAGACAUGCGGCAAAUAAUGCUUUUAUGGCACUUCUUGCUGCUGAAUCUGGAAUAAAUCCUACAAAAUAUCGAAACUGGGCUAAAGGUCAAAUAGGUUAUAUCCUAGGUGAUACCGGAAGAAGUUAUGUUGUAGGAUUUGGUGUUAACCCUCCAUCACAUGAACAUCAUAGGGCAGCCUCAUGUCCGCUAAUUCCAGCCUCAUGUUCACAUGAUUUUUAUGAAAUGAAGUAUCCGAAUCCACACGUUUUGUACGGGGCAAUAGUUGGAGGUCCGGGACCAAAUGACGAAUACGAUGACGUACGUUCGGAUUAUGUCCGAAACGAAGUGGCUGUGGAUUAUAAUGCUGGAUUUCAAGGCGCCAUUGCAGGUUUGAAGUCACUACACCUUCGAAACAUUCUGGAUUGA